GUCAUGGAAGAAGUUUACGAAAAUAAAAUACGUGUUUGACUUGACAUGUUAAUGUAUUAUUGUUCUGGUUUAACGUAAAAUUGUGUAAAUAAAAUAAAUAAUACGCCGAUAAAGACGACAAUGUAAACGUAAAUUGCCACUACAUCGGUAGAUAAACAAUUUUGAAACUUCGCCUUUCAAGCGGCGAGCUCGAAGUCAGUGCCGGGAACAAGAGUGCAAAAUAAAUCAAAAUAUAUCUUUAUCAAAUUGGCUCUUAUCAACUGCAAUAAUUGAUAAAAUUAUAAUGUUAUACUACUAUUCACCUGUAAAUUACGUGUAGUAUUAGUGUAUAUCAGUAACUACUUAUUACAAACGUGGGUUGAUUUAUUAAUAUGUGGCAGAUAUAAUUAUACUAAGUAAUUAUAAUUAAAAUAUCAAGAUGAGAAUAAGGAGAUUGUCGGCUUUCUUUUGGGCGACGUGUAUUAUAGCGUUUUUAUUUAUAUUGUAUGUAGUGACUGAUCUCAGCUUCAAGUUACCCAGCAUCAAGCCAGCCUUGGUGGAACCUGACGAUAACAAAUGGUCGUCAUUUGAAUCCAAACUACGGAAUAUAGAGAAUGGGCUAAACUUACAUCAUUCUGUGGUGGAGGAAAUCAAAAGAUCUAUGGAUCAGAUUGUAGAACAGUCGCAGGAGGUACACCCUCCGUUGAGGAGGCCUAAGCCAGUCUUCAAGGAGAAACAAAGGGAGUUCAAAGUUGUUGGUGAUGAGCCACCGAGGAUGCAUAAGAAGAUAAACAUGUCCUAUUGUCCAAUACUGAAGACAUCUAAAACUGAUGUGCAGAUGCUGUCAAUGUAUGACAGGAUAAUGUUUGAUGACAUAGACGGCGGAGUCUGGAAGCAGGGAUGGAACAUAGAGUACAAAGAGAACCAGUGGAGCAGCAAGAACAAGCUGAAAGUGUUCAUUGUGCCACACUCUCACAAUGACCCUGGAUGGAUCAAGACAUUCGAAAACUAUUACAAAGCACAAACAAAAGCUAUAUUUGCGAACAUGGUGGAGAAACUCAAAGAAGGCGUCGGGAGGAAGUUCAUUUGGGCGGAAGUCAGUUAUCUGGCAUUGUGGUGGAGCACUGAUGCUACAAACAAAGAAAAGGAGGCAUUUAAGAGCUUGCUCAACUCAGGACAAAUAGAAAUUGUGACCGGCGGUUGGGUUAUGAACGACGAAGCGAGCAGCCACUGGUUAUCAAUCGCCCAACAGUUGACAACCGGCCACCAAUGGUUGAUAGAUAACCUUGGUUACCUGCCAAAGAACGGUUGGGCUAUCGAUCCGUUUGGCUAUUCAAGUGGACAACCCUACUUGCUCAAGUUGACUGGCCUGGAAAACUCUGUCAUACAAAGGGUGCAUUAUAGAGUGAAAAAGGAACUCGCGUUGCAUAGACAGUUGGAAUUUAAAUGGAGGCAGGUAUGGGAUGGCGUUGGUAAGACAGACAUGUUUACACACGUGAUGCCUUUCUACUCAUACGACGUACCGCACAGCUGCGGCCCGGAUCCGAAGAUCUGCUGCCAAUUUGAUUUCAAAAGAUUACCAGGAAACGGUAUAACAUGCCCAUGGGGUCUUCCACCAAGGAAAAUAAUACUGAAGAAUGUUAAUGAAAGAGCCUCAAUGAUAUUGGACCAGUGGCGCAAAAAAGCCCAGCUGUACCGCAGCAACGUGCUAAUGUUCCCGCUCGGCGACGACUUCCGCUACGACCGCGCCAACGAGUGGGACAACCAGUACCAGAACUACGAGAUGAUCAUAGACUACAUCAACAAUAAGAACGAGUGGAACACUGUGGUCGAGUUUGGCACCCUACAAGACUACUUCAAGGCCCUCCACGAAGAGGUGAAGUUAUCCGACUUCCCGGUGCUUAGCGGAGACUUCUUCACGUAUGCGGACAGGAAUCAGCACUACUGGAGCGGCUACUACACUUCUAGACCGUUCUACAAGAAUAUGGAUCGAGUACUGUUGGCCUAUGUGAGGGCUGCGGAAAUAAUAACCUCUCAAGCGUGCUCGUCACAUUCCGUGAACCACAUAACGGCGCUGCAGCUGCGCGACCGCGUAGAGCAAGCGCGCCGCAUGCUGGCGCUCUUCCAGCACCACGACGGCGUCACCGGCACCUCGAGGGAUGAAGUCAGAGAGGACUACGCUAAGAAAAUGCUUCAAGCGAUCAAGCACAGCCAAUCCGCUAUCCAACAAGCAGCGUACCACCUCCUCAAACAGCCAUUCAUACAGGAUCAAGUGCAAGAUGACGUAUAUUUCGAUGUAGAUGACAUUUGGCGGAGGCAUGACGAAAUACCUUCAAGGAUUACCAUAGCACUGGAUGUAAUGUCACCUUCAAGGCGUCUGCUGAUGUAUAACGCGUUGCCUUUCAAGAGAACGCAAGUUGUAACUGUCUUCGUAUCUACGCCACAUGUUGAGGUUUACGACCCAGAGGGCAACCCGAUAAUGGCACAGAUAUCUCCCGUGGUGGCGGGCGAGAAGAGGCUCGGCUUCGCGGCCAACAAGUUCCACCUAUCUUUCCCCGUCACUGUCAACUCGCUCGCCGUCACAGUAUACACCGUCACCUUGAGGGACAACAUGAGUAUUAACAAAUACACGUCAUAUUCCCACGUGCGUAUCUACAACGCGGACUAUUGGAGCGUGGAUCUACCGAAGAUGUUCGCGGUAGAGCAGCCCACCGCGCGGCUGUCGGAUGACGUCACCGUGCAGGCCGGCAAGAGUUGCCGUCUCAUCGCCACGCAGAACGGCCUGCUUAAGGCUAUCGUCUCAACUGAUGGAAAGACAACGCCUAUCCAUAUGGAUUAUGUGCAAUACGGCACUCAGAAAGGGCCCGACAACAACAGCGGCGCCUACCUGUUCAUCCCCGACGGGCCCGCCACUGCCUACAAAGCGGAUGCAUUCCCAGAGAUCGUCAUCACCGAGGGGCCCUUCAAGGCCACGCUUUACUCCGGCCUUAUCAGUCCCAAUAAGGCGGAAAUCGUUCUUGCUAUGUCAGUUUACUACAACCCAUCUCUGCCUCAGAGUGAGGUAGAGAUCAGCAACACCUUCCUCAUCGACCCGUCGGUGGAUGACCUUGAACUUGCCAUGAGAUUCUCCACCGUCAUCAAGAAUGGAGAUGUCUUCUACACGGACAUUAAUGGAAUGCAGAUGAUAAAGCGACGGCACUUCGAGAAGAUCCCUCUGCAGGCGAACUUCUACCCGCUGCCGGCGGCCGCGUACAUCGAAGACGAGAGUUCGCGCCUCACGCUGCUCACCUCCACGCCGCUGGGCAUGGCCGCGCUGCAGUCCGGACAGAUUGAGGUGAUGCAAGACCGUCGUCUGAGUCGCGACGACAACCGCGGCGUGAGUCAGGGCGUGCUCGACAACGUGCGCACGCGGCACACCUUCAAGCUCAUCGUGGAGCAAGCCAACAACCCGUGCGCGCCUAAAUCCCCCGAGCAAGGGAGUGGCCAACUAACUCUAGGAGCGCACGUGUCGCAACAGCUCCUCCUGCAGCCGAUCAUAACGAUGCACUACACGGCCAACGAGAACUACCCCCGCCCCGCCUACUCGCGCUCCAUAUUCAGCGCCGCGGACGUCGUGCUGGCGUCGUACCACUCGCAUAUCACUGCUAAGAAUAAAGACGGUUUGUCAUCAGUUGGCAUGGGCAUGACGUUGCAGAGGGUACAUCUAGACGCGUGCUACGGCGAACGCGCCGUCGCGCAGUUCUACCCACCAGGGGAUGGACAGAUACCGUUAACUGAUCUGGUAGACGUACCACCGGAUAGCGUCUUCGAAAGUUCAUUGACCUUCGUCGCCAUCGGCAACCCGGUACCAGACAGUGUGGUCACGCUGUGCCCCAUGGAGAUACGAUCUGUGUUCAUCAACCAAACGAUCAAGCGUAACUGAGCCAAACAAACUAGUAACACAGACUUUGACGUAGACUGAGAAAUAAAUAGACUACUGAUUAGCGUAAUUAGACACAUAAUUUUGAUGUUCCACAAACUUAUCUAGCCUGGUAAGUGUCGCUGUUGUUGCGCUAAUUAGCAUAAUGUUCUGAAGAACAUUUAGUUCUAGUUGUGGUCACUGAGUCAAAUAAAUUGUGUGCUAUAAUCAAAUAACAUUCAAUUUUGAUGUAAUUGUCACAUACAAAUGUGCUGCAAGAUUUAGACCACGCGGCUAAAUCGAAAUUUCUUUAACUCUCCCUCUUAACGUUUAUUCGCCUCGUCCGUUUACACAUUUCGUAACGCAUUUACCAGCUUACUCGCCAAGUCAAGGGUGCGUAAAAAAAAUUACCUUAAAAAUGGUUGAGUAAUAAACCAUUUUUCAUCCAUUUAUAUUUUGUGCUAACUACUGUUACAUAGUUUACGCUGUAAUUUUGCGUUUUUUUAACAAUAACAUAAAAUCUAAUACUAAUUCACAAUUGUCAAACUUGUUUGACCCGUGCGUCGUUAUGUCAGAAAUACAGCAUGCGUCAUGACACUGAAUAUUGAAUCUACUUAUCUCGUUUAUUUACAGAGUCCACACAUAAUUUUCUUUUUCGAAGGAAUCUGAAGGAUAUAUUCGUCUAUUUCUUUUUCAGUCUACGGACUUGAAUCUGUGUGGGUUGCACAAGUUAACAAACUGACUUGACUCAGUAAAGUUAACCUAUAUUUAAUACAAAUUAUUUUUACUUACCACCUCGACAGAUUGACGCUGCGCUUGUGAAGUGUCAGUGGCGUGCACAAGGUUUUUAAUAACAGUAAGCGCUGUUAGUUACAAGGUGUCGUAAAAUGGACUAUUUUCUUCUUCAAUAUAGAUUCGUAUUGAUAACUCAAGUUAGUGAAGGGUUGUCACUAGGCACCGGAUGACAUUUUUUACCUAUAAUCUCAAUUUUGAUCAGUUAGCAUAAAAUAAAUAGUGAAUACGCUAUCACGCUUAUCAUUAAUUACUAACAAUAGCUUGUUAGUAAAUUUCAUACAUGUCCACUAACAUCGUCAAUGUGAAUUGUCGCAUUUGCGUUCAAAAAUUAACAAUACACAAGUUGUAGAGGUACAAUAAUGAGGAAAAAGGUAAAAAUAAUUUGAAUAAAAAGUAAAAAGAUAAAUUGAAAUAGUAAAAAGAGACUAUUUGGACUGCAAGUUCACACAUUGAAUCAUAAUUUAAGUGUCCAGUGCUAGCCCUAACACAUUUUAGGUAUAUUGGAGCUGAACAAUUCAAAAAAAAAAUUAUUAAAAAGUCUGAAUUUACCAAACAUUACAAUGAAUAAAAAAAAUCAAAAAAGUUAAUCUUAAUUAUGUUUCAUCAAAAACUCACGAGUUUACUCUCGUAUUAUCUACAUUUUAACUCUUGACCAAUAAAGUUCGUUUAAGCCAAAUUCGAUAAUAUGAGAUUUCUUCAUUGAAAUCGAACUGGAGUAAAAAAAGAAAAGUCUCAGUAAAACGCGGACAAAGUCACGGCUGUCCGCUAGUAAGUACUUAAUAAUAAUUUUCACAUCAGAUUCUCUCGAUCGGUUGUAUCAAGGAUGUUUUAUUAUUUCUAAUUGGUAGUUUAAAACGCACAAUAAUACGUAAACACGUAUACUUUAACUUUAUACAAUUAUAUUGUCAACAUUAUUGACAAUAUAAUUGCUCAAGUUGACGGUGUACACUUAUCUUUGGGCAAAAUUGCCCAAAAUAGUGUCCACAAUCGGACUUCAUAGUCUAAGAUCCAAAAUAUAUAUAUAUAGCUUGGCAACUUCGUUCGUAACAGUCCUUACGGAACGGGGGCGUGUAGCGAUGACUGAUGCACCUCACUUCCCCGCACGCACGAUUUUACACCCGCGCAGUCUUUCGUCGCCCGCUUAUCAUGAGAGAUGGGAGUGUCAUCGACGAACUUGCUAGACUAUAGAAACGACCUUCACCCACUUGUUUAAUUAAUGAAAACUGUUUUAAAUCAAAGGAGAUGGUCCAAAAUUGUAUGGAGCCCAGGUCCAGUCUUUGUACCCUAGCGGAAAUAAAAGAUGAUAUUUUUUUCAACUAUUUUUGAAUAUACAAAUCUACGAAUUUACUUUGAUUCUUACGAAAUAAUAUACAUUAUCUCCCAAGAAUUGCAACAUUACUAUGGGUAAUAAUGGCGGAUUGAUGACGUUUUCAUUACAGUAAUCGAUUUGACGUUUGCUGUUAAUUGUCAUGACAUUUGCUCUAUGGGCGCCAUCUUGAUAUAACUCAAAAACUUGGGAUUUUAUUUUAUUUAGUUACAUUUAUUUACUUUAAUUAAUUUUUAAUGAAAUUUUAAAUUUUAAUGAUACGGGGUAUGUUGAAAAAUGUAUUGUGUGUAGGUUGCUUAAAAAAAUCUUCUGGUGUGGGUAGGUGAAGGUAGUUUCUAAUGUGAUAUUCUAUCGGUUACAUUUCUUGGUCUAUAAUUUGUAGGAAUAAUAUAAAAAUGUUUAAUGUGUCUGCGUAAAUAUGUAACGCAGCGAAACUUCUCCAUCUAUUUUUAUAAACUUUUGCUUGUAAUCUCAAGUUAAGUUUCAUAGAGUGCAAGAUGUUUUGGUGUCUAUAACUGUUUCAUGUUUACAGGUGUCUUCCCCAUUUUUGCUAUUGCUUGUGAUUCAAUUAAAUAUAAAUGAAGUAACUAGCUGACCCGGCAAACGUUUUGCCAUAUACAUUAUUUCUAGAAAAUGUGUUUCUGGAGUGUGGUUGUGAAGUGGUUAUUACCUGUGUGUAAGUUUAGUCCCGAUUACUAUCAAUAACAAUUUAUAAUGAUUGUUACAAAAUAAAAUCAACCUACCAUAAAAACUAUAAACAAACCUCAAAAUAGAUUAGCAUUCAGAAGUACUGAAAGCUAUUAUGAAUCUAUUAUUAACUUGUGGGUUCGAUCACCAGCUCGAUUAGGUAACUUUCAUUUUGUAAAUAUCUCUAAAUCUGAUCCUUACUGGUGGUAUCUAAUAUUGUUAUUUAAAAUCUGAUAAGGUUGUAGUGAAAUGCUAAUUUGACCUUUUUUAAUGAAAGAGAAGGCCUGUAUAAAAUAAUAAAUAAAUUAAUAAUAAUUUCUUAUAUUGUGAUGUAUGUACGAUCUCCAGUAGAUUCCCACAUGUAACUAUAUGCGCCCUGACUGAAGAAUAUAAAGAAGUAAAUGUGGUGUUAGUGGUCAUAGCACACAUAAUCAUCUCGGAAAGCAAUUGUCACCGUAUUAACUCGGGACUCAGAAGUGAUUACAAAAAUAAGAAAACUAAUGUCGAUCAAAGGUUAUGAUUCACUACAUUUGUCAGGACAACUUAAUUAACAAAUCAAACUGUAACCAAAAUAAGACCCUAGAAUCGCAGAGAAUGCUUGUGAACGUUGUGUGUAGGGUUAGGUACCUUUAACUGUUGACAAACACCCCCCUUUUCCACUCAAGUCACUCUCCCCGCCUAUCCCUAGUACAUCCCUAGAAUUACACAUCAAGAGAUGUGGAUUGCUCGAACGCCACGAGCACACUGAACUGAAGCCGUUCGUACGACGGAAGCCUUAUAUCGCAAGUCGUUGCAACGCGGCGAUAACAGUAUGAAACUUCUUAGUGCAAACCACACUUGAAUACACGGAACCUGCGAGCCUUUUAAGCACGUCGCCUUGACGUCUCCACUUGGUUGAAAGCGAGAUGAGACGGUUACGAAACCUUUCCCAGUUGGUAUUGUGUGCUAUGACCUUUAGUGGGAUUAGAGGUCGAUCAGACAAUUGUCUACAUAAAUUAUUAUAAUAUCAUACAUGUUAAUCUAUGAUUGCUGUAUAUUUAUUUUCAUUGUUAUUUUGUUACAAUCUGAUAUCUAUGAGUAUUUUGUAAAUAAAUAGUUGAGGGUAA